CAAAGAAAAAAAGAAGGCUUUAUGCCGAACGUCACAUGAACAAACAGGAAAAGACCGACAGACAGAUGCUUGAACACAGUACCAAACGCCUGUGACCGGCAGCAGUUCAGCCUUGUUAUUUGUACUUUUUUAUAUACAAAUAUAUAAAUGAUUUAAUUUCAGAAGUUAUGACGGAAAUAUUUUCAUCUUUGUUCGGACAAAAUGAUGCACAGCCACCCACGGGGCCAGCAGCUUUGGGGUUCACCCCCGGAAAACCUCCGCCGCCUAUGCCGCCCAACCAAGCGCCGGUGGCGUCUCAGGUUCCAGUACAGCACGGGGAUGAGGGGCCUACCCUGCGAAAACCUGGAGCCAUGAACGAACCUUUCUAUUUACUACGAGAACUGCCUGCUUUUUUUGUUUGUUCUGAUUCAGUUGGAAACGACCUGACGGGAAACACGAACCUCAUCACGCACUAUAAUCUGGAACACGCGUAUAAUAAAUUCUGCGGCAAGAAAGUGAAGGAGAAACUGAGCAACUUCUUACCAGAGUUACCAGGUAUGAUAGACUGCCCAGGGGUUCAAGAUGGCAGUUCUCUGCGCUCCCUCAUAGAAAAGCCUCCGGUCUGUGGAAACUCUUUCAGUCCUCUUACAGGAGCUCUACUCACUGGAUUUAGACUACACACUGGCCCGCUUCCAGAGCAAUACAGACUGAUGCACAUACAGCCGCCAAAGAAAAAGAGCAAACACAAACACCGACAUCAUCGACCACAGGAUCCUCUACCGCCAGAAACACCCUCAGAUUCUGAUCCCAAGAAGAAGAAGAAAAAGAGGGAUGAUGACCCUGAUCGCAAGAAGAAAAAGAAAGACAAAAAGAAAAAAAAGAAUCGACACAGUCCUGAUCAUCCUGGUCUUACUGGAUCUCAAACCAACAACAGCAGCCUGAGAUAGAACAACUGUGAGUGUGUGUGUAUGUGUGUGUGUUCGCUUGCAUGAACGAAUGUUGAACAGUGUUAGAGACCCUAAUAUGGACCAGUGUGUUUGACUGAUGUUUACAAAGACUGAGUCUUUACAAAGAUUUCUGCCAUUUUUUUCUGAAUAUAAAGAACUUGAAUGAAUAAACUGUUAUUCUUUA